AGAGAUAGAUUUGGGGCCAAGUUUGGUUUUAAAAAGUCCUUUUGAGGAAAAAUAUAUUUUUCUGCCCUUUUUAAUAUUUCCUUCUGGGCUAACUUUCAUCAAUACCAAUAAUGAUUUCAUUUGAUAAAUUGUUCACAAUAACAGCAGUGACUUUUUAUUUCUGACCUGAGAUUUGAAUCAUGCUUUAAUCAUCAAGACUAGUGUAAUUUGCUCAAUAUACUUGCUCGCACCAUUAUGACAAUUCUAAAUACAUAUUAGAACUAAACCAAUUUAAUUUAGAGUUAUUCUUAUAGCAGAAAGACUGCAAAGUGUUGGAACAUAACCAUUCUGGUAAGGUUAUGACACAGUAUAAACAAAGAUACCUAAGGGUACACGUAGUUUUCAUGUAAUAACCACAAAUGGGAUCAGCAAUACAAUCAUUAAGCAGAGCCCCUUUCUGAUUGGGGGAGAAAUAAAAACUUUCCAGGACUUUCCAGCGCGAGGAAACUACGCAGACUUCUUACGAAGGCAGAGGCACGAGGCGCUUGUUUCUACCACCAACUCCCACUUGGUGGAGAUACGCAGUCCUAUUGUGACUACGUUGAUAUAACAGCGCCAUCUUCUGGCGGCCAGUCUCCUAGAGGACUACCCUGAACUCAAGGUUCCCGCAGCCUGCCAAGCGUCUUCGGAUUGCCCAUGACAGGAUACUGAGGUCCAGCGCCUUCAGACAACAUUGCAGAGCUGCCCUGAAUACAAGCUGCUGGGUAGCCAGCCUUCCCGCUAGACUGUUUGGUCUGGGCUUCUGCUGAACUACCAGCCCCAGCAUUCCCAAACAAGCAUGCCAGCCCUUCUCCCUUUCUUCAGCUAGGUUGGGAUGGCAACGCCCAAAGUCUCAUGCUCAUAGGUAAUUCUGGGAGUUGUAGUUUCCAUACUUUUGAAGAGCACAGGUUUAGGAGGGCUAUUUAAGAAUCAGCAGAACCCACUUUAUUAUAUCCUUGACUCACUUGUCCCUCACUUGAGAUUGUUGCCUCACUUGUAGUAACUUGUAGCUUUUGCGGUUCUUGCUGAGCUCACAGCAGUUUUCAAAGAAAUGACUCUUAGACAUGGCUCAUUUUAAAGUCCACAUAAAUGGGAUGCUAUGAUUGUUAAAUCCUUUGAUCAUGGGCGAAUGAUGAAGACUCAUUGUACAGUUAACAGCUCUUUAUUUGUUUAACAGCAAAACCACAACAAUGAGCAACGUCACGCAGGCCUCUCUUUAUCUGCCCAGAGCCCUGGACACAAUGGCAACAAUUAGCGGAGCGCUUUCGCACCUUGUGCAUGUGCGCAAGGCUGGCGCCUCUCAGUCUGGUCCCAGGCAGCUUUUGGAAUGCCCGGGACCAAAGUAACGUCCCGAGCCUGCUUUUGCAGGCUCAGGACACAACAAUGAUCAUUUGAAGUUGAACACACUGAAGUUCACAUACAGAAAUCCAUACUCCUCUGACAUUCUCCACAGAUUCUUAUCGUAUUUCUCUUUGAUGUUCUAUAAACAAUUGCAUAUCUGCAUUUCUCUUUUCAGCCUUUCUUCAUUUUAGUCUAGCACAUUGUGAAAAUUUACAGAUGAGUAAAUUUCUGGAUCUGGAUUCAAAAAAUCACAGUUAUACUAGUUUACCACAAAUGCUGCUAUUCUACAAAUAUAACCAUGACAAUGCCCUGAAAUGCACAUAAUAUCAAUUCUAUGAAUGUGAGAGUUGCUCCAUCAAUCUUUUCCUAACCUAAGGAAGAAAAGUGUUAGAGUGAUGUUGGUAUAUGAAGAUCAAAACAAUUAAAAGAUGAACAAUGGAAGAAAUAGCUUUGUUUACCAUAUUUCAGUUUUAUUCUAAAACCAAUGCUUUCUUGUGCUUUAUAUACUAUAGAGGGCUGGGGGAGGUCAUCAUGAAUAGUAUAAAAUGUGAAAUAUUCUGCAUAGGAACCUAUGGUUUAGCUUGGAAUUUAUGUCAACAUAAUAGGUAAAACCUUAUUUACUGGAAACAUUUACAUUAUUUUCCCAUUUUGAACAAAUGCCAAUAUUCCAGGUCUAAAUUUAUAUUUGCAGGUUUUUUAUUAAGUUCAAUUAAUUCACAAACAGAGUCUUAUGACUUGAGAAGCUUCUGGCAACACAUUUUUUGAUAAAACUGUGAAUAUCAACUUUUCUAUAAAUAUAUUCUAGCCAUAAUGCAUUCAUAGAAGGGGAGGGAGAACACCUGAAGAAUGUGAACAAAAUGAGAGCAGAAAAAUGCUCCCAGUACAAAUAUAUACAGUAUUUAAAUACUGUUUUUUUUUAAAUUCUAGUUAAAAUCAUCUUAGGGUGAUUAGCAAAUUAUUUAUUUAAUACCCUUUUCUUAAAAUCUAGUGCUGAGUGAUAUGUUGGCCUAUAAAAAUGCAGCACCAUGCCUUGUUCAAUUAUUGGUAAGCUUCAUAAAUCCCACAAAAUAAAACCUGCAUAAAGAUACUAACAAUAGAUCUUAACCUUUUUGCUAUUAUACUGCCUUGCAAUUUGGGAAGUUGAAAUUCUGUCUAUGGAUUAGGGAAGACUGCUCUAGCUCAGUGGCUUGGAACCAGAAAACUUUUUUUUCUGUUGUAGUUCUUAUAUGAAGAAUAUGCUGCAGUAAUGAAUGAUUAGUACUUAAUACUGGGAGGAAAUGGUCUUUGAAAUGCUGUUAAAUUUGUUUUUAGGGAAAGUAUUUAUAAAUUAUAUUAGUAAGGCUGUUUAACUCUAGACAAUUCUGAGGAUAGAAUUAAAACAAUAUAUGAAAACCAUUGAGGGAGGCAAAAUACUUAACCUAGAGAGAACAACCCAUAACAUGUGCCACACCCUCUCCUCUCCAAAGCAGCCAUCCAUAGUCUAUGUCUAGAGGGAAAUUCUAGAUAUUUAAGGCUUGCUUGAAGGAGAGUAGUGUAGGGGCUGUUCAGAUAUCAAGAGGGUCUCUUCUGAUCAAGUCAUUCCAGUUUAUGCAACAAUCAAGGCACAUUUCUAGGAGCUGAUCAGACAACAUUUCUUAAUGAAUGUCAUGUAGGGCUAAUCACCAGCAUCUUGAAUUGUGCCUAGAAGCUUACUGGCAGACAGUGUAGUUUACAAAGGGAUGUUACAUGACUAUAUUGAGGUAUUCCUGUUAUUGCUUGCACAGCCACAUUCUGGAUAGUUUUUAAGGGCAUCCUCAUGUACAGCAAGGCAUGGGUGAUAAUGAGGAAGGCUUCUCCAUAUAAGAAUGGGCACAUCUGAUACUCCAGAUGGAUCCGUACAAAGGUCUUGCUUGUCACAGCUGCCAACAGGAGCUGAAAUUCCAGAAGAAUUCUACACCAGUCCUGAAUUCUACAUCAGUCCUGAAGGAGAAGGAUGACUCCCAACUAAGGAUGAACAUUUCCUAAAUCUGGCUAAACCCUACACUUACAGUCCUUUGGCCUUGUUAAGGUUGGACAUGAGUCUGCUCCUUCCCACCCAGACCUCAAUAGCCUUCAGGCAUUGGAACAAAUCUUGCAUCUCUUAGUCAGCCUUGAAUUGGGGAAAACAUCUGAGUAUCAUUGGCAUGCUGUUGAUGCCUCUAAACCAAUGGAUUCAGUGUAUGCUUCUUGAGGAUAUAUACCAUACCCUUUUAAAAAGAAGCUGUAUUAUAUAAUGGACCUAAUCACAUUAUUUUCUGGGAGGCUUUCACUGAUCCAGACGGACAUAGAUCUAACCAAAUAUGUGGCCAUGUUAAUGCUCUUGAGGAUCUUGCUAGUUCUUAAGGAAUCACACAAUCAGACUUUUCUCAGCUAGGGAAGCAAGACUGUUAUUUUGUCAUCUCAACCAGACCAGACCAGUAUGAAUCUAACUCUGACUGAACUUGAGAAACUUAAUCCAUCAGGUACCUAGGAUAUUCUUCACAGAAACCCAGAAGAUGGUCCUAUAACCCACUCCUUCAUACUAAUGAAUGAUAACUUUAAAGAAUAGAGUUGGAUGGAUAUCUAUGGGUACAGUGAAAAUGGAAAAAUGGUAGGCUUUGCUGGACUUGUCACUGCAAUGAAAUCCCCAUUGGAGGAAGCCAGUCAGUGAAUCCAACCAGCAUACCUUAGCUGACUGUCUUCCUCCAAUGGCAGUCUAAACAUCUCUGUUGUUUUAUCUUCUAGAUCUGCUGAAAAAACCAAGCAACUCUCUGGGAUUGACUCUUAGGCAGAUGUCACAUGGCAGCAAUCCAACCCUUGUCACUUGCCAAUUCCAGGCCAAAACUAAGGCCUCAGUUGAACUGACCACCAGAUUUUUAGGGGGAAAAAACCAUGGUUUCAUCUGGAACCAAACAGUCCCUAAACCACCCACCUCCCUUCCAAAAAACUAAUCAAAUAAUAAUCAGACCAUGAUGAACAACUGAUGGACAAUGGGUUGAAUAAACAGUUUAGUUAAUUAUGCUUAAGUGCAGUUUGAGGGCAAAUUUAAAUUACUGUACAAUAAAUAACACGCAGAAAUAUUCUUUUCACUACUAGAUGUAAGCAAUGUAGACUGAAAACUUCAAUCUAGAAUUUACUUUUAUGUUUUAAUAAAUCAAAUCUGACUCAGCAUAUACACUAUUCCAAUGAUGGAGAACAACUGCAAAGUCAAAAAAGCAUACAAAGAACUCUUCUUUGUUAUGUUUCACCAAGGAUAAUCACUUAAAAACGAUGGAUUAAUUUUAAUUUUAUUAAUUUUCUAAAUGAGCAAAAAAGACAGGAAAACAGAGAAUGAAUAUUUUUUCAAAAAUUUUGUAUGGAUAAAAAGUGGUACACCUUCCUUUUUCAAAAUCAAAAAAGGAGAACUUCCAGAUUGAUUUCAAUUCUAUUGUCUGCUCAGAUUCACUAGCAGCAUUUAUUAAAUUUGCCUGCUGCCCAUCUCACACAGUAGCUUCUCCCUUGGCUGAGUGAGGGCUGAUUCUUUCCAGAGGAGCCCUAGCAGAGCCCAGGAAUCUUACUGUGCAAUUGUGCCUUCCUGCUGGUCUUCGGGAGAGCGGGCCACUUCGGCCGAGAGAGCUCUUGCGUGGUCGUUCUGCUUUGGUGCUGCUGGCCCUUUAAGCUGAGGGGAAGAGAAGCGUUGCGAGCGAAUGGCGCUCGGGUCCGCUUGCGGGUUGCAUCCUUCUUCUCUCCAUGGCCCUUCAUGAAGCAGACCAUGGCCUCAUCAGCCACAUACUGGUGGAUUCAGAAGAGAAUCUUAGUGUUUUCACUGAGAAAAUGCAGCCAACAUCUCCAAAUAACUGGAAUGCAGAUUGGAGCUUCUGGAUCUCAAGUUCUACUUACAAAUAUCGGAAUGAAGAAUUCAAGAAACAAUUCUCACACCUGCCAGAUUUGGAAAGGCUCGUAGUGGAUUAUGCCUGUGCCCUCCAAAAAGAUAUCCUCCUUCAAGGACGCUUAUAUCUGUCUGAAAACUGGAUCUGUUUUUACAGCAACAUCUUCAGAUGGGAGACUAUGAUUUCUAUCGCUCUGAAGGACAUAACCUUCAUGACAAAAGAGAAGACGGCUCGGCUUAUUCCAAAUGCUAUCCAAAUUGCUACAGAAGGGGAGAAGUUUUUCUUCACUUCCUUCGGUGCCAGAGACCGAACCUACCUCAAUAUAUUUCGAUUAUGGCAAAAUGCUUUGUUGGAGAAGAAAUUAACCAAACAGGAAUUCUGGCAGCUUGUACACCAGAGCUAUGGCUCUGAGCUUGGCUUGAAUAUAGAAGAGAUGGAAAACAUUUAUUCAUCAUCUGAAGAGAAUGGACAAUUAAGAUCUAACCUCAGUGAUGAAUCUGGAGAUAAGGAACCAGCUAAAGCUGUUGAUCUAGUUCAAGAAUCCACUGCUCAAACUGAAGAUGAGACAGAAUUUCUUACUGGAAAUUCACUUUCAGAAGUUGCUGAACCAGAGGAAUGUUGUUAUGAUAAACAAGACAAGAGAAAUUCUUUGAUUCCUUUAGAAAGAAAGCUUUCUGAUGUUGUACCACACAAAGUUUCAGUACAAUCCUUGGAUGUAAAUGAGAAUUUUCCUAAGGAGAAGAGCAGUGCCUCUGAAAGCGAUGAAGACGCUGAGGAAGCCAUCCUCAAGAGUGAACUCCAGGGAAAACUCUUUAUUAAUCACAUUUUCCAUAUUGGUGCAGAGAAGAUGUUUGAAAUGCUUUUCACUAAUUCCCAUUUCAUGCAGACAUAUCUCAGGGCUAGAAAUAUAACAGAUAUUGUAUCAACUUCUUGGAACCAAGAUAAUAGAGGCAAUCAACUCAGGACCCUGACUUACACAAUUAUACUUAACAAUCCACUUAUUGGAAAAUUUACAACUGCAACAGAAAAACAGAUGCUGCAUAAACGAAGCCACAAAGAUCGGUCAUAUCAAGUAGACGCAGAGGUGGUGACACACAAUGUGCCUUACCACGAUUACUUCUACACUGUGAACAGUUAUAGUAUCUCUCAUAUGUCCAGUCAAAAAUGCAGACUCCGGAUUUCCUCAGAUGUGAAAUACAAAAAACAACCAUGGGGGCUUGUCAAGAAUAUAAUUGAGAAGAAUACAUGGGGAGGUAUCCAGGAAAAUUUUAAACAACUUGAAUCAGAAUUACUAAUGGAAGAAUAUGCAAUAAACAAACCUAUUGAGGAUCCUGCAAAACUUGAAGUCCUAAGAAGAAGAAGAUGGAUUUUAGAGCAGAAUGCAGAAGAGAUACUUCCUAAACACUCUAUACAAGAUUCUAUAGAAGACAAAACAACAGUAGGUCUUAGGAAUGUAGGAACGAAGAAAAAUGUUACAAAUAAAACCAUCACCAUCAUAGUGGGAAUGAGUAUUUUUUUAGUUCUACUGGUUUUUCUGAAUGUGGCACUGUUCCUGAAAUUGUCAAAGAUCGAACAUGCAGCUCAGUCAUUGUACCAUGUUCAACUUCAGGAAGAAGUGUCGACAAUUCUAGCCCUUAAUGUGGCAUCAAAGGAGAAAACUCAUCGUAACAUGAAUCAAGCCCAACAUAUGAAAGGGGUGUUAAAGGAGUCUAUAGCAUUGCUUGAACAGCUGAAGACCUCAUUGUCUAUGCUCCAGCGUAGUUUUGAUCAUCUAAACACAACCAAAGACGGGAAGCCUGAAAGUUGAUGUCAACAAAAUCAGCUACUAAGAAAUGGAAAUACAAUAAAAAAUAUAUUGCUGUGAUAGUAAAGCUGCUUCUUUACAGUUUUUUCAUCACAAUACUUUAACCUAUAAUAAACAUUGUUCUGGAAUAAGCUUCUUUAAAAAAGAAUUUUCUUGUGAAUUUGUGAAUCUUUGUGAUUGUUCCUAACCCACUUGUCUUAUAUGUGUGUUUCUUAUGUUUGUAUGUGUGUAAAAACACUUUCUUGAGCUGUGAAUAUUGAUGGAAAUGACUGAUUGAGAACACAAUGAGAGCUGAUAAUUAUAUAUACAUUGCAGAUAUACAGUUCAGCAAAGCACUGCACUGUAUAAAUAAAUAAACACUGGAUUUAGAUGGGAACAAUUUAAGUGUUAUGAAAGAUGCAUUACAAAAUGUUUGGUUUAUCACAUGCAAAGUUUUUCUCAUCUUCUUCCUUGUAUUUAUGUUACAAAUCUUCAAAAAUAAAUUGUUGCAAUGUUUGGCUUCUUGGUUCCAGAUAUCUAUGAAUAAAUCUAAUUUUCACAUGUA